CGCUUAGCCUAAGCUUCUUUAUUGAUCUCAAAAGAACAGUUAUUACCUUCCUUCUUCUUUUUUUUCUCUCUCUCUCUAUCAAAGAGAAUGUCGUCUAUUGAAAUGACAGAUACUAAAUGUAAAAGACCCAUCCAUAACUAUAAUGAUAAUAUACCUGCUUUAUUGCUUGAUUUGUCCUCUAACAAAAAGUACUUGGUCUAUGUUACUGAAAAUAUGCCAGAUGAUGAAGAGGAAGUCUCUGAACUAGAAGUCCCGAGAGAAGGCUUAUUUGAUUCGGUCUAUGGAGACAGAGUAUCGUAUUCUUUGACUAUUCGUAACUUGAAAGAUGUCGAUCUGGCUGCAGUAUCUCUGCAUUUGACUGAGAGAAUCUAUAUAUGGCUUCCUGAAGACAAUAACCUUUCUAUGGUAUACUUUCUUUCUGUAUCAAACGAUGGCAGGUUCAUCUCACUCUCUUGUCUUGCCAAUGAUCCUACAAAGGUUGCUUGUAUCAUUUUUGAAGUGAACACGGCAAUCAACCAAAGAAAGAAGCUCGGUUUGCAGGGUCGCGGUAUUUUUCUAGACAAUGGCCAGUUUGUCUUGGUCAAUCUGGAGUAUCUGUACGUCUUUGAUCAAGAUUUUGAGCUUGUGAAACGCUUUCCCAUUACUUGUUUGAUAGGAAAAACAUUAGGCAAAUUUGCAUCCAACAACCUGCCUUCGUUUGCUGCGACCUACGAAAAAAACCAAUUCUCCAAGAAGUGUUUCUCUAUAGAUGCUCAAACAUUGCUUUGUAUCUCUGGAUGUAUCAAGCAAGGUGUCUUAAUGUUUCUGAAUCCAUGUUCUUUUCAUGGCUACAUUGCUUAUGCUAUAGGUCAAGACCUGUCUGUGAUUAGCAAAAGUCCAAUGCAAAUCCUGGGAUUUUCAGAAAACCUUGACUUUUCUGUAUGCCAUGUUGGGAACGAACUGCACCUGAUCAACAACAUCAAGGGUUGUGUCACUCAAAAACUGCCAUUUCCUAUAGGCCCUGAAGAAUUCCUGAUCACUCAAUUGGAAUUCUCUUUGAAUGGAAAACACUUGAAUCUGGCUGGCAUCAGUACUUACAAAGACAAACGAUCUUCUUGUUUCAGAGUCUGGGACAUUAUGCACCAAAGACUCAUUUAUUCUAUGGACAAACCACUGAAUCCCAACAUGUCUUAUGAAGUACCUAUUGAUCACCAUAUUCCUCCUUUCCUGGUGACCAAGCUUCAUCCUGAACAAACAUGUGCUGUUGCAGAACAGACCAUUGUCGCUUUUCAUACAACGGUGUCGUAUAUAGAGAGCCUCAAGUUUUCUUGGUUUACUGCAGAAAUGAAGACAAAAGUGCCCAUGGUCUAUAUGCCGCAAGAAAGCUAUUUUGCCAAAAAGAAGAGAAGUAGCAACAAUCUUCACAACAUCAUCCAAGAAGCAUUCAACAGAGAGACAGAGAGGUUGAACCAUACUUGCAGAAGGUCGUUUCCUAACAUGGUGCCAUUUGCGCUUCAGAUGGUCUGGUUUGAUCAUCUCUACUACUUUAUGGAGGUGAAUGGUAAUCGUUAUUGCUUGAUCUUGAGAGAAGAUUCGAUUGAAUUCUGGGCCCAAAAGGAUGCUAGCCAAGCCUGUGGAGAAGGCCAUAAUUUUAGACAAGAGAUAUAUCAUGGCUAUGAACUUGUGUAUACGCGGUGCUUUGGGUACGGCUGCGCUGAGACAGGUUUCUUAUAUAAACAAGAAUGGUCUAUCAAAGACUAUACAUGUAGUGUACGCUCCAAGAGUCUGCAUUCCUUAAAAGAGACACAAAACGUGAUUCAGCUCAUACAAGAAAGAAUUGAUGGAAGACUGAUUGUGCGCUUAAAGCUCGAGCAAAAGGGUACAGAUGCUAUUCGUGUAGAAGAUAUCUAUCUUCCUUUUACCGAAACAUCGUUGCAAGAUGAUCAACUUGAUAGUCCUCAUCGACACAGUCAUCAGUUAGAAGGUACUUGUCAAGCUUUGCUCUCUUAUGCUCAAAAUGAAAGUACUGGCAAGGUCUUUUUCGGUUCUUUGAGAAGAAUCUUACAAGAAAAAACCAACGCCCUUUUACAUGCAUCUCUGGAAAACAUGAAGAAGAACCAAUCUCAUUAUUUCGCGACGAUGUCAGGAAACAACAUUUUGUCAUUGCUGGCCUCUUUUGAAACAGGAAGGAGAGUUUUGUUCAAGAUUGUCCAGAUAAAAGAGCUUCCGAUUUGUAUUUACAGUCAUCCAAAAUACACAUCAUCUGAAUCAAGUGGUGAAUCUGAUGAACGAGAAAAUGCGCUGACUAUCUUGAUUGAGAAUAUGAGCUAUGGUCUUUAUAAACUUCUACUGAACAAGAUCAUACAAGACGCUUACAAGUUGGGUUCCUAUACUCUUUCGCUGCCAGUCAUGGAGGCCCUUUACCUUUUACAAAAGUCAGGGUAUAAAGAACUCUUGUCAAAGACGAUUCGAGACUUGGAUUUUAUUCCAGUUGCCGAUUUCAAUCUUGCUGGUUGCAUUAAACCUGGUUUCAAAUCAAAAUUUGAUCUGACGACUGAACAAGAACUGAUUGUCGAUAAGAACACAUACCGAAAUAGCUGGACAACUAUUGAACAAGUCAAGCCUGAGGAUCUUGAAUACGAAUGGCUUUUCAAAAUACUUUUCUUUUGGAAAACAAAAUAUGUGUCAAGAUGGCGAACUCAAGAAGAACGGAAGCACGCUUUAACUGAAGAUGCCAUGUUGAAAGGAAGCUAUAUCAAACCGUGCAUUAUACCUCUUCUUUAUCUCAACACCUACCUGACUCUACGCUCAGAAAUGGGUUUUAGCAGUCGUCAUUCCGUUUUACCCAAAAACUCAAGCAGCUUUAUCAAAAUGGCGACUGACCAAAGCAGACACAACAUUUUUGAUGAAGGAAACUUGAUGAUUGCAGUUCUAUUGCUCUACAAGUGGAAUGAGUUUAUCUUUAUACGGUUCCUUCUUGCCUACUUGGUUCACUUGGUAUUCUAUCUGACUUAUUUCCUUGUGGUUCCUUUUUCUAUUGGCAGGUUUGGCUUUGUACCAGGUGAAUCGUCUAUCUGGGAAAACGGUCAACAUUUGGCCUGUACCAUUGUGCUCUUUGUCUGUGGAGUCAUUUUGGUUGUUCAAGAAUUUCGACAAUGGUUUUCAUUACGCAGUAACUAUGUCUGGUCAGUUUAUAAUUAUAUUGAUAUCUCGGUCUUGAUUUUGUCGUUGGCUACUUUUAUUCAGCUGGUGUAUGGGCUUUCUUAUCUGGAUGAAGUAAGUAGUAUAUGUUCAUUAUUGAUUUGGUUACAUGGCCUUUUACGCUUAAGAGCCAUUCAACCUUUUGGCGUUGCUCUUGAAAGUAUCAUUCAAUUGUUUUAUACAGUUCUUCAAAUCAUUCUUAUCAUGGUGACUGUUGUGAUUGCGUUUGCGUUUGCGUUUGUCAUCUUAUUGCAGCGAAAGACGGACAGUUACUUUGAAGAACAAUACACAGGCACCAUGACACUACCCAACGCAACGUCAGAGAAUGCCACCACGGUUUCUGUUGUCGAUAGCGGUUCCAAUGACUUUACAGACGCUUUCAAAGCCUUUCGAGAUGUCUGGUUCUUUAUCUAUGGUAUUUGGGAUCCUAUCAAUAGCGGUGAUGCAUCCGAUAAUGUGAUGAGCAUCAUCUUGGCCAUUUUAUUUUCGUUUUUUGUGCUCUUGCUCUUCUCCAACAUUGUCAUUGGUUUUAUGUCUGCGUCCAUUGAAGAUGUUAUCAAACGCGGUAGAAGAGUAUGGCUGAAUCAUUUAAGAGAGAUAGUAGCAGAAAUUGAACUCUUAUGGUGUCUCAAGUUUGAAAAGCGUAAUCGUAGAAACAAUCCAGCAUUUAUUUACUAUGCUGCCACAGAUGAUGAAAUAAGAAGUCAACGAGUCAAAAUGGAAGAAGAAAGUGAACGCUUAGUGAAAGACCUUGAAGAAGCCUAUGCAGAAGAUUCAUUAUCUCAAUUAUAAUAACAAUAAUAAUAAUAAAGUGG